UUUCAAUUUUCAGUUCCAACUGUCUUACUUGGACUCUUCUCUCUCUCUCUAUCUUCCAAGUUCCAAACUCCACCAACCCAGGGAAGCCUCAUUUCUCCUCCUCCUCCUCGCCGCCGCCGCCGCCCAAGUCGACGGCCAACAUCCUCUAUGGAAAGACUUCUUCUCUAUUCUUCUUCUCCCACUUCCCUCAACAUUAACCCUAAUUCAUCUCUUGUUCUUCCUCGCUUUGCUCGCAUUAUUCACUCCCUUAGGCCCAAUUUCCCCCUCCCCACCCGCCAUGGAUUUCACCCCCUUGGUUUCCUCUCCUUUAAGAAUGACAAGCCUUCUUUUUCUUCCAUUCCUUGUUUUUCAUCGCCCAAUUCCUCCGCUGAUUCCAUUUUCCAGUCCGAUUCUCCACCCGACUCUCCUAAACCUGAUUUCCUGAAACCUUUCGCCCGAAAGGAGAAGGUCAAAAGUUCACUCUUUGUUCUCUCUGCUCUUGCUCUGAUCCUGAUUCAACCAGUCUUUGCACCAGCAGCUUUUGCAUCUUUUCAAAAUGCAGCUAAAACUGGAGGUCCUGCAGCUGUAGCAGUUGGGCGACGUCUGAUCCAAAGUGAACUAUUAAAUAGUGCUUGGACUGGUUUCUUCGCUGGUUGCUUACACACAUUAUCAGGACCAGAUCACCUCGCUGCUCUUGCACCCCUUUCAAUUGGGUGUAGCCGCAUGGAAAGUGCUGCAGUUGGAGCACUUUGGGGUUGUGGUCAUGAUGCAGGUCAGGUCAUUUUUGGUUUACUAUUUCUACUGCUAAAAGAUAAGCUUCACAUUGAAAUUCUCAGAACCUGGGGCACAAUAAUAGUAGGUGUAACCCUAUUUGUUAUAGGUAUUAUGGGUAUAAGGGAAGCUUCAGAAAUUCGUACCCCAUUUGUAGUAGCUCUAGAUAAUGGUGAAUGUGAUGUCGGCAUCUAUGAAACACUAGAGAAACCAAUGGUUGUAGGCAAUAAGAAGAGUAAAAAGUUAGGUUUUGCUACUUUUGCCACUGGAGUUGUUCAUGGUCUACAACCUGAUGCACUUAUGAUAGUUUUGCCUGCCCUUGCUUUACCUUCCCGUGUAGCCGGCGCUGCAUUUCUUCUUAUGUUUUUAGUUGGAACAGUUAUUUCAAUGGGAAGCUAUACUGCUUUUAUAGGCACGUUUAGCGAGGCAUUGAAAGAUAGAGUGCCUAGAAUAACUGAAAGACUGACUUGGGUUGCUUCUUUUGUAGCCAUUGCUCUUGGACUUGCCAUUAUCAUUAGCCAGUUUCUUGGUUAUAGUCUCUACUGAUUCAUUUACCCAAAAUACUCCAUUAUCAUUGCCAGAUAUAAAAGUUAAAAAGUAUAGAGGAGUAACCAAAAUUUUCUCCCACGCAAUUUGUUUCUUUCUUACUUUAUCUUUUCCUGCUUUGGAUCUUGUUUGUACUCUAUGGAUCUCAAAAUUGUAUAAAAUGUUUGUCAAGAAAUGAUAUUCUGAAUAGUUUAUAUUUGACA